AUUAUGUACAUCGGCUACGGGUAUAGACAGAAAGACUCAUUCAUCAAGAAAUUGGGAAAAUGGACUUGGAAAACCUCGGUCAAUUUGGGCAGAGACUUCUGUCUCAGGACUACCAUUCAUGGGUUUCAACACAUUGCUCAGCCUGGCAGAUAUUGGUUUGAAAGGUUACUUUGGUUCGGAUUGACGAUGGUAGCGAUAAUUGGGGCCGUAGGAGUAACCAGAGAUCAGUGGCAGCGGUACAACGAGAACCCGACGGUUGUUACCCUAGAGAAGAACUUCAGGACCUGGCAGUACAGCGUGCCUGCUAUCACGGCUUGUAUCGAGAACCGAGUAGAACCUGGGAAGCUGCCUCUAGUGAUCAAGAAGUACUGGAACGUUUCACCAGAAGAUGGGAGAUACCAAUAUUAUAGCAGAUUCAUAAACGUGGUUGCCAACUCCGACCUGCUACAUCUAGAAGGAUACAACGAGUUCAAAGAUGAUGUGCAGCUGGAUGUAGACCUUCAUCAGGUUGCAGUUGAUGUGAUGCCUGAAGUCCAAAUUAAGACGAUCGUGUCGGAAGACCUGAAGGCGCAGAACUUCACGUGGACUCCCGUGAUGACGGAAGCGGGCGCUUGCUACGUCACUAACUCCCUCGCUAACUAUGACGUCACUAUUGGGAAGGCAGAUUCAAAUGUGUCCCACUCCUCGCCCAUCGUGUGCCAUUACUCCUCGCAAGUCUGCUACAUAAUGUUCGAGAUUGUCAACGUGACCAAUUUCUAUAUCCAUUCCCCGUAUGACGUAAUGGACAUCACGACUCCAGCCUCCAGGGUGUACCUGACCCUGAGCCGGUUCACAGACCUGAGCGUCAUGGAGUCCGGCUGCGGGAAAGGCGUGAGAGAACUUUCUCCUCAGAGACGCGGCUGUCUUUACAACGACGAACCGAUGAAUAAGAAAACACGAGUAUACAGCACUAACUCAUGCAGAUACUCUUGCCGAAGCCAGCUUUCUAUCAGACUGUGUAGCUGUCGCCCAUUCUAUUACUUUUAUGAAGAAGGUCCUGCUUGCUCUCCGGCCGGCAUGUCCUGCCUAGCGAAGUACUCUCAGCAGCUGGCGAGCAUUGCAGGAGUGCGCUGCGUCUGCAACCCUCAGUGCCUUGAUAUCGUCUUCAGGGAAAUCGCCAUUAAAGACACCAUAUGGGACCAAGGUAUAUUCGCGACUAGAGGCUCCGGGCGGUACACUAUCCAGGCGCCUCGGAGCAGGUAUACCAGGGAGAUUGUGUUCCACUUCCAGGAUUUGGUCGUAUCGUUUGGGGAG